CUUUCACCACCCCAGCAACCACUCGAGUGAAUCACCAUGUCUGCAGUGUGAAGGGCUGCAGCUUCGGCUGCACGUCUGAACGUCAACUUCCCAUGUUGACUCGUCCAACCACCUACGACACAGCCCAAACAUGGCGCCGCCUAAGACACCGCGAAACAAAAAACAACCAGAUGUAUCAACGCCGCAGAGCAUGGCUCCCGCCAUGGGGAAGCCCGCGAAAGAAAACCAGCCCGCGCGGCCGCCAAUGGUGUCACAGCCCUCCGACGCCUACGAGAAGGCACAGGAAGAUGAACGCGAAGUCUUGAAGGCCAUCUUCAUGGAAGAUUUCGAGGAAGCGGAAGCCAAGGGCGCAUGGAGCAAAACCACGGAUCGAGUCCUGCGUCUGAAGCUCCGCUCUUUCUCGAAUGAGGACAUCUGCUGUACCCUUUGUGCAAAGGUCACUGCCACCUACCCCAAGUCUUUGCCUACUCUUACGCUUGAGAACACUGGCAAAUUGCGCCAGAAGACCCUGCAGAGACUACAGGACGUAAUCAAGAAACGCCCGAAGGAGCUCGUUGGCGAGGUUAUGAUUCAUGACAUUGCAACUUCCAUCCAAGAGAUCCUAGAAGAUGAGGUGGCAGUUCGCGAAAAUGAUGGCGCUUUCGAGAACCUUGACGCCGAGCGAGCUGUCCAGGAAGCUGCAGCAGCAGAACUUGCAAAGCAGCACAAGGAAGAGCUUCAGAAGAAGCGUGAAGAAGAAAAGGCCGAAGAGGAGCGCCUCCUACAACAGAUGGUUAGCGACGAGAUGAGGCGCAAAGAAAUGAUGGUCAAGCGGAAAAGCCGAGGAACAGGACAGACACCGACUUCGUACUUUCCCACUGAGAGAGCGGUCAAUCAUGUGUCGUUCGAUAGGUCCUUCGAACUACAGCAUGAAGGGCAGACAACCGAGUGCACAGCCGUUGAAGGUUUGCUUCCCUUCCGCAGUGGUCCGAUCACGCAGGCGCUUCUCGUAAAGCCCGUUGGCAUCCCCGAUGCGGUAACUCUAGUCUUGAAGCGUACUCGUGUCGGCGACGGAAAACCCUCAGCAAGUGCUCAACUCAAAAGAGCUAUCGCAGACUUCGAGGAGGAGAUGGAAGACAUCAAGCGCCUACGACAAGCCGCCAUAUUGAGCGUCUUCGAUUUCAAGAUCGAGCAACUGCCCGACUCCGGGUGGGAAAUCAACGUCCUCGUCGAGUUCGGAGAUAGGGGCUCGUUGGGCGAGAAGCUUGAGGACGACGAGCAUAUUGCAGUUACAAAAGUAAGGUCCUGGACCGUCGAUCUUUUGGAAGCGCUCGACUUCUAUCAUCGUAACGGAGUUGUUCAUAAGCGAGUCCACCCCUACAACGUUCUGCUUCAUAAGUCUUCAACCGGCGGGAUUGCCGUGAAGUUGGCAGAUGCCGGCUUCCAGGAAAGCCUCUACAAUCUUAGGAACCUAUGCCGGGGCGAUCAACCCUUCACAAGCUCUCGGUCAGCAUUCUGGGUGCCUGCGGAGCUGGCGCAGGAUGCUCGCCGAACACGAAAGACCGACGUUUGGGACCUUGGCGUCGUGUUCUUGCAAAUGCUGUUCGGUCUCGAUGCGCCACAGAGGUACAAUUCUCCAAAGGAUCUGUCGGACGCCCGCGGCUGUUCUGAGCCUCUGCAGGAGAUCAUGCGGAAAUUCUUCAAACCCGAUCCCAAGAAACGCCCGUCUGCGUUUGAUAUGAUUCCCUGCGAAUUUUUGCGAGAUGAUGUCCCUGUCUACGAACAACCCCCGACGCCAAUGCGAUCCAGACAUUCAUCCACUUCUUUAGCUACUUACCGAUUGCGUCGCGAGUCCUCGGCCGGACUAGGCGCGCCACCUUCGCGCUACUCCAGCGACUGGGUUGAGCAGGGCCGCCUUGGUAAAGGAGGUUACGGAGAGGUUGUGAAAGCGCGUAACAAAGUUGACGGCCGAAUCUAUGCAAUUAAGAAAAUCAAGCAGAAGUCGGCCUCUGCACUAACCGAAGUCUUAUCUGAGGUCAUGCUUCUAUCCCGCCUCAACCAUCCCUAUGUUGUUCGUUACUACACCGCCUGGCCAGAAGAGGAGAUAUCUACAGUAUCAGAGACAGAAGAGGAUGAAUCCACUACGUUUGAUGCAGAUGAUCCUGAGUCUGAAUCCGGCUCGGAUGUCUCACCGGGCAAUACCGGCUUCGGCAAGAACACGGGAGGCUUAGACUUCAUCAGCUCAAGUGGGUACCCGAAAAUAGAGUUCGGCUCAGACGAAGAGUCCGAGGGAGAUGACGGUGCAAUCGUCUUUGGAUCGGAUUCUGACGACGAAGCAAGUCCUUCCAACCCGCAAUCUCCGAUAGCGAAGAGGCGUACUGCAUCCGCUUCCAUCCCUAGCCGGCCCGCCAAGACGAUACUAUAUAUCCAGAUGGAGUUCUGCGAGAAGCAAACUCUGCGCGAUCUCAUUCGCAGAGAUUUGCAUGAUGAUCCGGAAGAGUAUUGGAGACUCUUUCGGCAGAUGUUAGAGGGCCUGACGCACAUUCAUAGCCACGGCAUUAUACAUCGCGACCUAAAGCCAGACAAUAUCUUCAUUGAUGUUACCAAAACCCCCAAAAUCGGAGACUUUGGCCUUGCCACGAGCGGUCAGUACCAACGGUCGGAUCGGAAGGCCUCAGCCGGUAUCCAAACGGAUGGCGAUAUGACCCGCAGCGUCGGCACUGCGCUUUAUGUCGCGCCCGAGCUACGGUCUACAGUGGCCGGUAACUACAACGACAAGGUAGACAUGUAUUCCAUGGGAAUUAUCUUCUUCGAGAUGUGCUAUCCUCUCAAGACAGCCAUGGAACGAGAUCAAGUCAUUCGGCAGUUGCGGGAGCGCAAACAUACCCUUCCGGCGGAGUUCGAAAAGCCAGAGAAAGUACUCCAAGGAAACAUAAUCACAUCCUUGAUUAGCCAUCGACCGAGCGAGCGACCCAGCUGUACAGAACUUCUUCGAAGCGGAAAGGUCCCGGUUCAGAUUGAGGAUGAGGCCGUCAAAGAAGCCCUCAAAGCCUUGUCCGACAGGAAUUCGCCCCAUUACACGAAGAUGAUGGCGGCCUUGUUCUCACAAAAACCCGAUACUCAGGCCAAGGACUACGCUUGGGACAUGGCCAUUGGUGGUGCCCAGACCAUUAAAGCUAAUGAUAUCCUUCUGCAGAAUCUGGUCAAAGAUCGGCUUGCGAUGGUUUUCCGCGGUCAUGGCGCGGUUGAGGUCCAACGCCAAUUGCUCCUGCCGUGGUCGGAUCAUUAUGUAAACAACAAGGUUGUGAAGCUGUUCGAUCCAUCCGGCACGCUCGUACAAUUGCCCUACGAUCUAACACUACCGUACGCCCGGAGUAUUGGUAGAGGUGCCCCUUUUCUGGAGAAAACCUUCUCGAUCGGGACGGUUUAUCGAGAUAACUACACCGGAGGAGCCCCUCGCAGCAAUGGAGAAGCCGAUUUUGACAUUCUGUCGUACGAUACGUUGGACCUCGCUUUGAAAGAAGCCGAGGUGCUUAAGGUCAUUGAUGAGGUCAUUGACGAGUUUCCGUCUCUGGCUUCGACUCAGAUGUGCUUCCAUCUGAACCACGCUAAUUUAUUGGACACUGUGAUGGACUUUUGCAGAAUCAGUGUUCCUCAGCGGCCGGCGGUCAAGGAGGUCCUGAGCAAACUGAACAUCUCGAAAUUCAAUUGGCAGAUAAUCCGGAAUGAACUACGGGCGCCGGCAAUUGGCGUAUCAUCAACCUCGUUAGACGACCUGGCGCGCUUCGACUGGAGAGACACGCCCGAGAAAGCCUUCUCUAAGUUGCGCCGUCUGUUCGAAGGGACGAAAUAUCUCGAUCAGACUCACGCAAUCUUCGCGCACCUUGGCUCCGUUGUCAACUACAUGAAGCACUGGAAUGUCAAGCGCAAAGUGUAUAUCAGUGCUCUGAGCAGCUUCAACGAGAAGUUUUACUCUGGCGGUAUCCUCUUCCAAUGCGUCUUCGACGCGAAGCAGCGUGAGGUCCUCGCUGCGGGCGGACGAUACGAUAGGCUGAUUGAAGAGUAUCGUCCGAAAGGUCCAGGUCACGCCCAUCCAACGGCAGCAUACCACGCUGUGGGUGUUAACGUUGGCUGGGAGCGACUUGUCAACUCAAUGGUGCGCUACUUGAAGAAGCCUGAGAAGUCUGCCUUCCUGAAGAAGCAGGCUGAGGAGGAUACUCCUGCAGUAUCUUGGAUGCCUCGGCGAUGCGACUGCCUUGUGGGAAGCUUCGACCCAACAGUACUCCGGUCGGUCGGGGUAAAGUUGGUUGCCGAUCUCAUAUCGCACGGCUACACGGCAGAACUGGCCAUCGAUGCUCACUCAGUGGAAGACCUCCUCCGGCAUUACCGAGACGACAGACAUAGCUGGCUCAUUGUUAUCAAGCACGGAGUUGCACCGGAUAAGCCCGAUAUCAAAGUGAAGAGCAUUGCAAAGAAGGAAGAUACCGACCUUCGUAGUGCGGACCUCCUAAACUAUCUCCGCAAUGAGCUCCGAGACCGCGAGGCACGCGAGGGAAGCGCAGCUCAACGCCAGUCGAAAGCAGUCCCCGCCCCAUCUUCAUCAUCGGCAGCCAAGGCCAACGUCGAUGUCCUCAUCUCCCAUCAUCGCUCCAAAAAGACGAACAAAUGGAGCAUCGUAGAAGCUGCUCAGACCCGCUCCGCCGAACUUCUCUCAUCUUUCCAGGGCGCACCAAUUGCUGCGAUUGAAACCAAGGACGAGACGAUGAACUCGAUCCGCGAGACACGCUUGAGCGAUCCGGAUAGCUGGAGGAGGGCGAUACAGAGUGUGCCUAUGGUGGAGCGGAAGUACCUUCAGGAACUGCACGAUCUGCUCUUGGGUUAUGCCGCAAAUUGGAAGGAGGUUGUGAACGAGGGGUCGGCGAGGAGUGGAGAAGGCGGCAAGGCUUUCGUUUACAACUUCCGGACGGGUGGGUGCUUCCUAUACGAUUUGGAGAGUUGAGAGAGCGUGCAGAACCGCUUGCUAUGAAUAGACGGGAGACUUAUGGGCACGAUACCCACUGACGAAUAAGUGCAUACUCCAAUGAGAGUAGGUUUUAUAGAGCUUUCUUUCGAUACCCUCAAUUUUGUUCUCCGACCUCAUCCGACGCGAUGAACCAGUCAUGCUCUACGAGUCACAACCCACGAUGAGCACAACAUUGCACGGGCCGCAC